CAAAGAAUGCCAAGGGUUGUAAAGUGGUUUAAAAUUGUAUUCUUACGUCAAUUUGUUUACUAGUAUAUUUUAGUGACCGAUCAUGGGGUCCAGUAAGAAAAGUAAGAAGGAAAAAGAAGAAAAGUCUAGUGAAAAACCAUCAGCCCUCAGGUUGAUUCUGAAGUUUGAAGGAUCAUCAGAAAGUAAUGAACCGGCUGUAAAUAAUGUGACAGAUCCAUCUGAUGAGUCUAUACAGUCAGCUAAUUCUCUGGAUAAGAAUUCCAAAAAGAAAGAAGGCAGUGAUCAAAAGAAAAAGAAGAAAAAGAAAAAACUAAAGACUAAUGGUCCCCAAAAUGGAAAUUUGUCAAUAGUGCUAGAAGCAUCUGAAUUACCUGUUAAGGAAAAUGCAAAUAAACCUGAAACUCAGUCAGAACGUGAAAAGCGUCUUGGAGUACCAUCUUUGCGGCAAAAACAAAAUAAAACUCCACUGCAAAGGCUUUUGGAUUAUUUACAGCAACAACUUGAAGACAAAGAUACUCUCCAGGUUUUUGCUUGGCCUGUUACUGACCAGAUUGCUCCUGGAUAUUCAAAAGUGAUAAAAACUCCUAUGGAUUUUUCAACUAUGCGACAAAAAAUUGAAGAUAAUGCUUAUUCCACAUUAAAUGCAUACAUAUCUGAUUUUCAGUUAAUGUGUAACAAUGCAAUGCAAUACAAUCGUCAAGAUACCAUGUACUUUAAGUCUGCAAAAAGAUUAUUACAUUCUGGAAUCAAAUUUCUUAGUGUUCAAAAACUACGGCAACUUGCUCGUACCCUUCCCCUUAUAAAGCAAAUCUCACCAGAACAACUUGGCUUUGAUUUAGACUCUGGUGAGCCGAUUGACUUCGAAGAUGAAAACAGUUUAGACGAAUCUGAUGAAGCAGAGAAAAAAGAUAUACCUAGAAAAAGGCGCCAUAGUUCACUUGAUGAAAUACAUGGUGAUCUUACACCGGAACAAAUACUAGAGCUUGCUCAAAAAUCUGCCUGUUCUUAUGAUGAGAGGGAAUUUUUAAAACGACGGAAAACCACUUUUAGUAUGGGAUUCUUGAGACAGAGGCAGGAUGGUAGUACUUCUUUAGCUAUUUUUGUGCCUGGUGAAGGUGUUGAUCCAGACAGACCAGGAGAAAGAGUAGUUACUUUAGGACAGCUGAUUGGAAAACUCAGUCAUGGUACUGGUCAACUACAGGGUUUUAGAGAACAUAGGCGAAAUAUUGCUAAAGCUGUAAAACCUCUUAAUUAUGGUGCAUUUAGUUCAUAUGCCCCUUCCUAUGAUUCAACAUUUGCCAAUUUGUCAAAAGAAGAGUCAGAUCUUGUUUAUGAAACUUAUGGAGAAGAAACAUCCGGAUAUGUUGAUAAUGUUUUAAAUUUAGCUAAAGUUUGUGAUUAUACAUUAGUAAUGGUAGAUAAUUUGCUUGAUCUAAUGACGGGUGGUGAGUAUAGAAAGUCAAAAAAUGUUAUUGAUGAACAGAAGAAAUUUCAAGAAGAAGAAGAAAGAGUUCGAGAAUUAAUUGAAAAUAAAGGAGCUGUUAAUUCUAAUCAUUCUGAUUUAUCUAAUACUAAAAUUGAAUUUGAUCAGUUGAAAACUCUUUCAGAUCUUGGAAUAGAUACUUCAUUUUUGAAAGAAUUUGAGGAAAUUAAUGCAAAUGCUAAUCCAGUUCAAUCCAAACUUGACUCAACAUCGCAACUUUUGGAGAAACUUCAGCAAGUUCAAAAUGAGAGGCUCUCUGCUCCUCAGCCGUCUCAUUUAAGCCAGAUUUCUCACCCAUCAGAUACUGAACUGAAUUUGGCAGACAAAAUUGUUGAAAGUUUGACAGAAAUGGCUAAGCAAGCGCCACCUGCCGCAAUAAUACCUGUACCAGGAAUCAGGAAAGCUAUGGGCGUUGUACCUGAUACUGUAGAUAACUCCACUAAUGGUAAUGGGAAUGAUUCUUCAAACACAAAUCUAGAUUGUGUUAAUUUAUCAGAAGAAGAAACAUCCAAUAGCAUCGGAAUUGCUGAGUUAGAUUCAGAUAUUAGAGACUUCUUAGAAAACAAUUCAUCAAUGAAUUUUUCAGUGCGUAAAGAAAAGAAUCUGGAAGAAAUGCAAACAGACUAAUAAUUUUUAUGGAACUGAGCUGUUUGUGAAAUGUUAAAACUAGUCCCAAGUUUUUUUUUUUUUUUUUAUGUGACCUAUGUGUAAUGCCACUGUUACUUAUUAUAAUUAGUCCAUCUUCAAUACUUAAUAUAAAGUGUUGUUAAUUAUGAGUAACUAAGGUAUUAUUGUAUUAAAUUUAUAAUCAAAACUUAUUUAUUUUUGUAUUUAAUUUUUUUAAAUUAUCAAGUUCCUUUUUUUUUCUUUAUUGUACAACUUUUUUUUGUUAAAAAAAGAUUGUGUAAUUUUUUAAUAUUUAAUAUUUUUGAGAUUAGCAGUAUUGUUUAUAUAUAAUUAUUUGUAAUGCUUUAUAAAUUUUAAUUGAAGGAAUCGAAUAUUAAUGUUUUAUUGCGAAGUUAAAAAUUGUAGUAAGAAAAAUUUGGAUGAGAUAAUUGUUAAAUGUGAUGCCCUUUGAGUCCAUUAAAGGUUACUAAAUCGAUUUUUUAAUUAGUUUAUAUUUAAUAUUAAUCACGAAUGCCUAAAUUCUUAAACUCUCAAUUCUAAUAUGGUACAAUGUGUAGUUCUUCACUCAAAAAUCAUUACAAUCAUUGUAUUUCUUGCAGUCUGUUUCUUUUCUGUUCUUUUAUUUAUUCAUUUUUAUUUUUAUGAGAUAUUUGAUUGAAAUUAUACAUUUAUUUGAAAUUUAAGAACUUAUUAUUGUUCGGUGUUUCUUUGAAGUAUUACAUCAUUAAUAUGCUGAAUCUGACCAGACUUUGAUGCUUUACUUUUAACCAUAAAAUAAUUUUAAAAAAUUACAUUCCCUUUGAACAAGAAUUAAUGCUUGAAACGUGAUUGUAUUUUGGUUUCAAAAAUUAAAUUUGUGAGUCAUUUUUAAUGUUCUUGUUUAAUAAUUUAAGAAUUGUUAACUUGUUGUUAAGUACAUAUUGUUGGUUUAUUGCAAAAAGUCAGGUAGAAUUUUGAUGAAGUUAAACUUUUAUAUAUAUUUUUGCAAAUUUCAACCUUAUUUAUUGAUACAAAACACAGUAAGUGCAUCUAAAUCACACAAAUCCUUUAAUACGUUACAUACGAGUGCAGAAAUGAUUUGCAGAGGAAAAAUUCAUCAAAGUACUUAGCGAUUUCAUUUAAUGAAAUCACUUUUUCUAAUAAACCGACGAUCUUGUCAUUAAUAAAUAAUAGAGAAUCAGAUAAGGUAUGAUGUUCUCUUGUUUGAAAUAGACUUACAAAGAUUUUUCUUAAAGAAGUAUUUAUUUAAUUAAUUUUUAAUGUACAUGUUAGACUAAUUACAUUCUGUAUGUACUUAGAUGUUGAAAAUAUUGAGA